AUGUCACGUCAAACCAACCAGAAGAGAACAAUUCCUUUGUUGAAGGCUCCAUUUUUGGUUCUCCGAAAAGUCGUCGGUCAAAUGGAAAUCGAUGAGAUUAUCGAACUGUCUCUCACUUCAAAAAGAAUGGCUAGAGUUCUUGGCCAGACUCAAACUAUGGUCGGAGUUCCGCCUCCACAGAUGACUGUUGAAAUCAAAGAUAGUGAUUCUCACGUGCUUAUCACCGAUGGGAAAGGUCCCAAUGAACUACUUGUGUUCACUUGGUAUAUUGGAAAGAAUUAUUUUGGAAAGCUGCUUACCACAAAUAUAGAAGGAAUCAAGAAUACCACAAGAAAUCAGAGAACCAAAGCAAUGAAUUUGGAAUACUGCACACGCGCAGUCGGAAAGGCGGUGAAUUCGCCAAUGAAAACUAUUCUGGAGCGUCUCCUAAUCGUUUUUCCUAAGAUGAUAACUCAUUCCGUGAAAUUCGACACUUCCUUCACAUUCUUUAACGCAAAAAAAGCCUUAAGUGCUAUCAAAACAGUGGAACAUUUGGAGAUAAAUGGAGAAAUGAUGACUGGCAAUGUGAGAGAUAUGUUAGAGAACAUAACUGUCACCAAACGUUUGGAAAUGUAUUGCAAAGUUUCAAUUGUGCGAGGACCAUUUGAUGUGGCGAGCCUGCCUUCUGAACAUAUUGUUUGCAAUUACACCACUUGGAUGAGCACUGAAACCUUCCAACAAUUAAAAUGCCAGCAUACUAGAAUUUGGAAAACAAAGUUGACUGUAAAGGAUGUGGAAGAGUUUCUGUUAAAGUGGAAAAACUCCACAGAAGAGAACCAUAUCAAAAGUUUGAUGAUGAGCACAGUGGAUAGUGAAACAAAGCUUGACUAUAACUUGCUUGGAGCGGAAGAGUCGGAUCCAUCGAAAAAGAUACACAAUGAAGGUGGAUCGGCCAGUCGAAUUCCGUUUGAUAAUAGCAUCAAAAGAGCAGAUGGACUUGUAGGAUUAGUUCGACAAAAUGGUGAAACCAUUCAUUUCAGAGUUGACUAG